AUGGGUGACAUUGUGAUUUUUGGUGGGGGAUCCCAUCCAGAACUGGUUAAAAUGAUUUGCGAGAACCUGGGAAUCCAUCCUUCUAGUGUGCAGCUUGGUAAGUUCUCUAAUGGUGAGACUAGCAUAAGUGUGAAUGAGUCAGUACGUGAAAAAGACGUGUAUGUUAUACAAAGCGGCUGUGGCCAUGUAAAUGACUGUUUUAUGGAGCUAUUGAUUCUUAUCAGUGCGUGCAAAACGGCGUCAGCAUCUCGAGUGACAGCCGUGAUGCCGUACUUUUGCUACUCGAGACAGCCAGAUAUUCCUUACACUGCAAAAGGAGCGCCUCUGAUCUCGAAAUCGCAGAGUUUGGACGGAAAAGUGGGCGAAGCGCCGCUAUCUUCUACUUUGAUGACCCACAGGCCUGGCGAAGAUAGUCCGUUCAAGAGUCUGGAGAGCGCUAUACGGGCUACGGCGCCCAAGAUGAAUUUGCACAGCAGCGGAUCGGGAACAAACUUGAAGAAAUCCGCGUCAUCUUCCCGUAUUCCAAUGAUCCCAGGCGGUAAAGAAGUUGGCUCUGCUAACGCUGACGCGGGCGAGCUUUUCAAUGCGCAGAACGCGGGCUACAAACUAUGGGUCGCUCAGGCUGGUACGCUGAUCGCCAACCUGCUAACGACUGCCGGCGCCGAUCACGUCAUCACCAUGGAUUUACACGACCCACAGUUCCAAGGUUUCUUCGAUAUACCAGUGGACAACCUGUACUGCCAGCCAAUCGCUCAAAAUUAUAUCCAGCAUCGCAUCCCGAACUAUAAAGAGGCAGUGAUCGUCUCGCCCGAUGCUGGUGGUGCCAAGAGAGCCACGGCAAUUGCUGACGCACUCAAGCUAUCUUUUGCUCUGAUCCAUAAAGAGCGGAGGUCACAGCUCCUGAAAGGACCACCUACGACAACGGGUUUGCCGAUGUCAUCCAAACCUUUGUUGACUACGCUGAAUGCAGCGGAAAUGCAACCUUCACCAUCCAACUCGAAGUACGUUCAAACCACAAUGCUGGUCGGCGAUGUCAGAAAUAAAGUCUGUAUCAUAGUGGAUGAUCUGGUGGAUACUUCUUACACUAUCACUAGAGCUGCUAAACUAUUGAAAGAUCAAGGCGCUACCAAAGUCUAUGCUCUGCUCACCCAUGGAAUCUUUUCCGGAGACGCUUUGAGCAGGAUCAGCCAGAGCUGCAUCGACAAACUGAUAGUUUCCAACUCUGUACCGCAGCAAGACACAAUUGAAUACUUAGGAAAGGGCAAUGUCGAUAUUAUGGAUGUUUCACGAGUUUUCGCAGAGGCUAUUAGAAGAAUCCAUAAUGGUGAAUCCAUAUCCAUGCUGUUUGAACAUGGAUGGUGA